GUCGGAAAUUGUAACUUGCUCAUAGUCUGCUCUUUUCGAGAGCUCGAGCGAGAAUCCUGACUCCUCCGCCGCUGCUUUGGCCUAAGCUUCUCUCUCUUUCUCUGCUCUUUUAAUCCGCAAUUCGAGCAUUCUUUGACGUUAUUGGAGAGAUGGGAGAAGCUCAUGGUGCGUGUACCAUCGGUGUGCCGCGUGCUAGGUUGAACAAAGUUGUUUUAGCUUAUAGCGGUGGAUUGGACACUUCGGUUAUCGUUCCAUGGUUGAGGGAGAAAUAUGGGUGUGAGGUGGUUUGCUUCACUGCUGAUGUUGGGCAAGGAGUGAUGGAAUUGGAUGGUCUGGAAGCAAAGGCGAAGGCAAGUGGAGCCUGUCAACUUGUGGUGAAAGACCUGAGGGAUGAAUUCGUGAAAGACUACGUGUUCCCUUGCUUGCGAGCUGGUGCAAUUUAUGAGAGGAAAUACUUGCUUGGAACCUCCAUGGCCCGCCCUGUUAUUGCCAAGGCCAUGGUGGAUGUUGCCAAAGAAGUUGGAGCUGAUGCUGUUGCUCAUGGUUGCACAGGGAAAGGAAAUGAUCAGGUACGGUUUGAACUCACAUUCUUUGCUCUGAACCCCAAACUACGUGUUGUUGCUCCUUGGAGAGAAUGGGAUAUUACUGGCAGAGAAGAUGCCAUUGAAUAUGCCAAGAAGCACAACGUGCCCGUCCCCGUCACGAAGAAAUCGAUAUACAGUCGAGACCGGAACAUCUGGCACCUAAGUCACGAGGGUGACGUUUUGGAAGAUCCAGCAAAUGAGCCAAAGAAGGACAUGUAUAUGCUGUCCGUUGAUCCCGAGGAUGCGCCGAACCAACCCGAAUAUGUUGAGAUUGAUUUUGUCUCGGGACUUCCUGUUGCUGUCAAUGGGAAAGAGCUUGAACCAGCUUCUCUUCUCGACAAGCUUAACGAGGUCGGCGGGAAACACGGCAUAGGCCGAGUUGACAUGGUCGAGAAUCGCCUCGUUGGCAUGAAAAGCCGAGGCGUGUACGAAACUCCCGGAGGAACCAUCCUAUUCACUGCUGCACGCGAGCUUGAGUCCUUAACGCUCGACCGAGAGACCAUACAAGUCAAGGACUCACUCGCCCUCAAAUAUGCCGAGCUGGUGUAUGCAGGGCGAUGGUUCGACCCACUCCGUGAAGCAAUGGACGGAUUCAUGGAGAAGAUAACCGCAACAACCACUGGGACAGUCACACUCAAACUGUACAAGGGCUCGGUGACCGUGACCGGGCGCAAGAGCCCAAACAGCCUCUACAGGCAAGACAUCUCUUCAUUUGAGAAUGGGGAAGUGUACGACCAAGCUGAUGCUGCUGGAUUCAUCCAUCUCUACGGCCUCCCAACCAGAGUCCGAGCCAUGCUUGAACAAGGAAUCUGAGAAAAGCAGUUAAUUUCUUCAACUGCAAGACUGAAUAAAACGGCUGGGACAUGGUAAUUUGCGUGGCUUGGGUGUGGCUAGUUUUAACUUUUAAUCAAAAAUUUGUAACCCAGUUUGAGUUUAGUUAUUGUCAAUGUUUAAUUGGUGCCCCCGCAGUUGAAAGAAGAAUCUUUCGUAUUUUCACCGUAAGGAAAUGAAUGACAAUUGUCAAAUAAUUACCGUGGUCUGCUAUUGCUUUCCAAUGCUUUAUGA